GGCCCCGCCUGCCUCAGCAGAGCUUUAACUCGGAGCUGUGCUGGCCGGGGUAUAACAGGUUAGAGAGCACCUGGCAGAGCGCAGCCUGCGGCUAAACAGUGCACACCACAAUGCAGAUUCCCAUUUUUACGGUUGAUGCAUUUACAAACCGGCCGUUUUCUGGAAAUCCUGCGGCAGUUUGUCUGCUUGAAAAUGACCUGGAUGAAGAUUUGCACCAAAAGAUUGCAGCAGAAAUGAACCUUUCAGAAACAGCUUUCAUCAGAAAACUGAAACCUGGAGAUGACUUCACCAAAAGUUCCUGCUUUGGGCUCAGAUGGUUCACCCCAGCCAGUGAAGUUCCUCUCUGUGGUCAUGCUACUCUUGCAUCAGCUGCUGUGUUGUUUCAUGUACAAAAAAAUACAAACUCAGUUCUCACGUUUGUGACACUGAGUGGGGAAUUAAAGGCCAGACAAGUGAAAGAUCAUAUUGUCCUGGAUUUGCCACUUUACACAGCCUACCCCCAGGAACUUAAGGAAGUAGAAGAAUUAAUAAAGGCAGCUGUUGGUGACAUGAGUGUCCAGGACAUCCGUUACUCUCCCGACACAAAGAAGCUCCUGGUCCGCCUCAGUGACACCUAUGACAGGUGUGUGUUGGAAAACUUGAAAGUGAAUGCACAGCACUUUUUGUCAGCUGAAAAGACAGGAAAAUUGAAAGGACUCAUCCUCACUGUGAAGGGAAACUCCAGUGGCAAAGGCCAUGAUUUUUACUCCAGAUAUUUUGCACCCUGGGUUGGAGUUCUGGAAGACCCUGUUACAGGGUCUGCUCAUGCUGUUUUAAGCAGCUACUGGUCAGAGCAGCUGGGGAAGAAAGAAAUGCUUGGAAACCCAAGAGCGUGGGGGAAGGAAGCCAAGAGAAGCUGUUACCAUGUGCCAGUGCUGUGGGAGGAGCGUUGGGUGACUCCUUGCUUCUCCUGUUUCUGCUGCUUUGCCAGAGAACAGAAUGAGAGAAGCAGCACAAAAUACACUCAUCCCCUACCUGGUUCCACAGGAGGGGACAGGGGGCAGUUCUGCACACAAACCUUUGGCCACAUUUAGUCUAGAGCACAGCUUGGAUGCUUGAUCUAAUAAAGUGCUUUGUCCAUAAAAGUCAACACUUUUCCAAACAAACAGCUAGCCUGAAUAUAAGCCUUUCUGUAUUGGGUCAAAUGAAUCUCAGGAUGGAUUUUCCUGAGGAUGGUAAGUCUUUAAAGGCUCCACCAUGAACUGGACCUGCUCCAUCAUGGACCAAAGGAAAGAUUUAAUGUUCUGUCCCAAAGAUCUUGUAUUUGCAUUUACACCACACAAUAUCUGUGAUAGUUUAAGUAAUGCUGGGGGGAGGUGGGGGGGAAUCUCCACGUGUUUUCUGAAGAUGAAAAACUGGUAAUGAGUCCUUAUGGACUGGCUGUUUCUCAGAAGCUUUUGACAUUUUUGGAUGUUAAUGUGGGACUGAAAUUCCCCAUACCAUCUAUAGACACUGCUUCUUUAAGAACUCAAAUAGGCUGGAAUUCUGUCUGUACUUAUAAUUCACACUUUGUACCUGUUUUGCAUUUUCAUGUAUUUUGUAUGUACUGUCCCUGUUGUGCUUUUAGAGAAAUGAGCUCAAGCAGCCAGGGCAACUGAUACUGUCAUCAGCUUCUCUACUGUGUUCAGCACAAAAACUGUCCUGUCUGUCCACAAGAUAGGUUUGUGUUGUUUGGGGUUUUUUCAUUCAUAUUUCAUGCAGAUAUAGCCUCAAACUUCUUCUGUGUUAGAAAUCAUGCAAAACUGUUUUAAACAGGACAAGUUAAUGUAUGUUUAUGAGAAAUAACUUCUCCUUUCAUGUGUCUGUCUGAGAGGUAUCAGGUAGUGCUGGGCAAAUUCUACCACUAAUGAGAUUAUUUGGAAAAGAUAGCUGGCAUUCAAGGACAUUCCAUAUCAGCAAGUAUUAAUAAAUAAGAGCAUCUUUGCACUUUUUAGAAACCUCUGUGGUGCCUUCUGCAAUAUCUGAUACUUUUUAUUGCAAGAAUAAAGGAAGAUUUUCUUCCAUAGAAUGAAGGAUCUGUUAGUUCCCAAAUAGAUUACACAUAAAGUAAUAUAAAAAUGUGGAGCAUGAAAUCUGUUAUCAAAUCUCUCUGGCUAUUGAGGCCUUUAGGAGGAGGUCAGCUGAAACAUCAGACUUAAUUUCCUGUGUUUGGGUUCUCUUCCUACUUUUUUUAGAGUAAAUUCUCAAACAACAACCACUCCCACUAACUACAAAGAGAAUUUUCCAGUACUUUUACAAGGUGAAAUACUUCAUGAUCUUUUCUUGAAGCUGGGUCCAUGCCCUUGAAUUUAAGCUGCUUGUUCAGUCAGGGCUUUGUACCAGUCCUUUGCCUUUCUUGCAAAUUAUUGUGAUGACAAAGGGCUUACCCAGGACAGUGUUUAUCUCAGUUUAACCUAGGGGAACCUUGCUAUACCAGUUUACCUGGGACAGCUGUGUUUAUUUGUGGGGAAAAUUGUUUCUUUUUACUGCCUUUAACUUCUCUGAUCCCUUCUGGUACAGAACAGGUUUAUAGCAUUUUAGGGUUUGAAAAUUGCCACCAACAUUGCUAACAGCAACAAAACACAUAAAGAGACAGAAGAAGGUAGAUUCAUUGUACCUUGCUUUGUUAAGGUACAAUAGAUCAAUAGAAUACAAAUACAAUACAAAUACUAUACAAUAGAAGGAAUAGAUCAAGGAUUAUUUUCAUA